AUGGAGCCCUGGCUGCAAGAGCAAGCGAACGCCGCGGGCGGUAGGCCCACUCCUCUUGAUGGCCGCGCUUCCUACCAUCACUGGACAGGAAUCUUCAACGGGCAGCUGUUUACGUACCAUCACCUGGCCGCUCUGUUUCCCGAGCGUUACGCUCCUCACUCGGGAGAGAGAUUCCCGUGGCACUGUCCCGUCGUCGGCUGCCACGCAGUUCAUCAGUUUGCUGUGCAACUGGCUGGUCAUUUUACUGUUGUUCAUCUGAGUGCCCGUUUCCUCGAUAACCGCGAUGGUACCUUUUCGAACCUGGGCCCGCAAGAUGAUCCCCGCGGGUUUGCCUUCGUUGCUGCCCAAAGGCAGACACCACUUGGUUGGGCGGCACCAUUCCAGUUCGACCCGCCUUCGGAGACGAGCAGCGGCGCCGCCACGCCGGUACCCGAAAACGCCGACGACAACCCGGGUAACGGCGUGGCGGAGCCCGACGACGGCAGCGACGACGACGACGACUUUCCUGCGCAGACGAUACAAAUCCCCAUUGUCCAUCCCGUCGCCCAAGCCCACGCCGUCCCCUUCCCCAGCCUGCUUGUGCUCCGCACCAUCCACGACCACCAUCCCCGCGAGGAGCUGCCCGACCCCACCCCUCUCGAACUGGAGAUCUGGCCCUACAUCACGCGCUGGACUCUCUACCCUCUUCCCCUCCCCUCCCCUUCUACCCCCGCCCAUCGCACCCUCCUUGCUCUCCUCUCCUUUCCCCGCAUCCAUACCUUGCCGGUCUCCUGGCAAGAGCGCCUGCGAGCCCGUACCCCCUCCCUCGGCACCCUCACAACAAUCGCCCUCUACCUUGGCGGCAGAGCCGAGUUCGGCUCGCCCUGCCAGUCACACUGCGGGCAGCAUGGCGCCCUGGUGGAGAGGCUGUUUGCUGUCCAGAGGGAGGAAGCCUGGGAGAAUGGGCUGGGGCACUGGAAGUUCGAGAAGAAGUUUGCGUUUCCGAGGUGUGUGAAGGUGCCGGAGGCGUUGGAGGGGGAUCGGGAGGUGGAGGAGGUGUUGAGAGGAAGGCCGUGUUGUAACCAUUUCUUCAGGGAGUUGAGGGGUGCGUGGGAGACGAGCGAGCCAUUUCCACCGAGACCGCCGGGUGGUCUUGUUUGGAAUGGGCCGAUGUGGUAG